AUGGCGGGCAUGGGGGAUGGAUACGUGGGGACUGCCCAGGACGCCGUGAGGAUACGGCGGCUGGAGAAACAGAGGGAGGUGGAGCGCAGGAAGAUACAGGAGCUGAAGAACAAGACGGCCUCCGUAGGAGGCCAGACUGGGCUCCUACAGUUUGGCUCUGGCACUUCCGAGGUUAUUAUACGUAGCCUUUCUUAGUCUGAAUUUCUCGCUUUCCUAUCAGCCCUUUUUAGGGUAUCGCGUGAUUAUACAGCUCUCGUCUUGCUCGAUCCCUCUCACAACAACUUGUUUUCGCUUUCAUUUCUGAAUGGGACUGUGGCAUUGUCGCGGUACAGAUCGGUUAUUGAGCUCGUUAUUGUUUUACACGAUGUGUGAAUGGGAAUUUUGUGUUUAUUACCAUUGCUUUCAGGUUUUAGAGACCGCUUUCAAGAAGGAAACUGUGGGACUCGUUACUCGGGAGGAGUACGUGGAGAAGGUAGGCGGGAUUCACUUGAAUCUUCUCAUUUUACGUCUGUCUGCUGUCUUUUCUCACGUCUAUCUUUACCUGUUUGCAUGGUAGAGGGUCAACAUAAGAAACAAGAUUGAAGAGGAGGAGAAGGAGAAGCUUCAGAAACUGCAGCAAGAGUGGGAGAAAUAUAUAUAUAUAUAUAGCACUUUGCUUUCUCGUUCACUUGUUUUCCAAAGAGAUUUUCUGUUGCACAAGACGUGACAUGGUGAUGCCAAUGCAGAGAGGAGGAGCUUCAUUUGCAGAAGAGGAAAAAACGGAGGGUGAAGGGGACCUCACGUUUGUCCUUUGCUGAUGAGGUUGACGAUGGAAGUGACGAGGAGGUUGCAGUAAAUAGUAAGGAUAUUACAUCGUCAUAUGCUCCAUGGAUUCGCACUAAGAUUAAUGAACAUAUCUUCAUAUGCAUCGUGGAUUCCUCACAUGACUCAUGUAAUUUGCUUGGGGGAUUUCUCUUAAGUACUAUGCCUUACUUCUUUGCUAUGCAUAUUUAUUAAUGACCAACGAAUUCCUUGCCAUCAUCUCAAGCAUCCAAUAUGCAUGUCUCAGUUUUGGAUUCUAGGUUCUUAUGAAUGGCCCAUUUUCUAUUCCUUAGAUGCCUUAAUAUUCUAAGUGAUAUCUCCGCUGAGAUUCCUAGUUUUGAACUCGUAUUAGGGUAAUAUUCCCACUUUUCCGCCUUACGUCCUUACACAUUGCCCAUUUUACUUAACUUGGUUGGCUAUCAUUUUAUGAGAUGAUAUUCAAAGUGAUUGUACCAGUGAGGUGCUCCUCUUCUUGCUCUAGCCCUCUCCAAUGAAUGAUUUUCGUAAUUUAAUAGGUGUUUUUCUUUGGAACGUGAUCUGUUAAUGCAGUCAUCAGAUAAACAGUGGCUGGUGGUAGAAUCAAAAUAUUGUAAGCCUCUCAUAGGUGGACAGGAUUGUAGUUGUGAAUGGAGUGGAUCUCAGUAUUACCAUUAUUGCUAAAUGAUAUCAAGCUACCAAUGGGAGUACGUGACUAUCCAAUCAGAACCUCCCUUUCCAUAGCAUAUUGUCCUUUUCCUCCUUUUCUAUAACAUAUACUUUUGAUAAUUUAAACUUGGUAAAGGGAAAUUUGUAUACUAGAGGUUUGUCUCUAAAUAUCAAGAAUCCUAGGGAUCUCAAGCGGAAUCUCCAAAGAAAAUAAAUGAGAACUGGGGGUAUGGUAGUUUGUAAAAUACUGAAAUUUUUUAAGGGUGAUGCCUAGACUUUGACGGGCUAAAAAGAACCUAUAUGUCUACCCUUUCCUUGCAAACAUUAUAACCAGAACAUGGCAUGCAUGCAACCUAUGUGUAUGGUCAAGAAUUUGUUGAUCCUGUCCAGAUAUUUUUGCUUGAGUUAAUGGGUUUAUUAGUCAUUCCGUCUCAUUUUAUUACUUGUUUAACGAUGUAGGUGAUCAAGGCGAAGAUAAGAUUAGGCAUGGGAAGUUUGGCAAGGACCCAACAGUUGAGACAAGCUUUUUACCUGACAGGUAUGGCAUCUGUAUGUAAUAAUAAUGUUUUCCAAACUAAAAUCAUUAAUGAAGCAAAUAAUAAUAAUGAUAUCAGUGUGCUAAUGUAUGUGCCUGGUGGUGCCAUGUAUGAUCCUUCAGUGAACGCGAGGCAGAGGAGCAAGCAGAGCGGGAACGGCUGCGCAAGCAGUGGUUCCGUGAACAAGAACUUAUCCGAAGUACCCUACUCAGUCUAAUAUUAUUACUUUUAAGAGAGAUAUGGGCAUUUCUCUUACAUGGUUAUGUCUAUAUUUUAGAUGAGCCUCUGGAAAUUACAUACAGCUAUUGGGAUGGAGCAGGUCAUAGGAGAGUAAUCCAGGCAAGUUGUUUCUGUCUGCUCUUCAUCUAUCAAUGCUGAUUUAUGUAUUUUUAUUUAGUUAUGAUGAGCUUAAUUUCUCUGGGAAUCAAUCAUCUUUGUCAGGUACGUAAAGGUGACACCAUAGGAGAGUUUCUGCGAGCUGUUCAGCAGCAGCUCGCACCAGAGUUCAGGGAGAUUCGAACAACCUCCGUGGAAAAUUUGUUGUAUGUGAAAGAAGAUCUGAUCAUUCCUCAUGUAUGUUCUUUCUUCGUUUUAUCCUUUUUUUCCUACUUCCCGGCAUUUAAUUCUCCAGAUUUGGCUGAUAGUUGUGUUUCAUUUCUUCAGCAACACAGUUUCUAUGAACUGAUUGUCAACAAAGCAAGGGGAAAAAGUGGACCAGUAAGUUUUCAUUCUAGUGUUUACGUAGACUGCUGGAAGUAGUGUUGUAAUGCCCAUCUCCACUGUCUUUUCUGAGGAUAAAUAGAGAGACUUGGUUUCGUUUAGAGAAGGGUUUGGAGACUCUUUUAUGUUCCGAGAAUUCUGUGUUGUCUCGAUGAGAUAAAGGCAUGUGAUUUUCCUUUUCCCAGGUUCUGUUUCUCUCGAAGUACUGCAUUUACGCCAUCUUUUACUUGAUCUGUUGACAGCUAUCUGAAGUUGUUGGAUUUUUGGUGAAUGGCUAUCAGAUAAGAUGUAAUAGCUUUUUUCGAAUGAACAGAAACAUCUGAAUUUAUUUAGAACUGAUCAGCAUUAAUAGAAAUGCAUACUGAAAAUAUAUCAGUUUUGAUUAUUGCUACCCAAUGCCAAAGUAGACUCCAUAAGCUUAUAUAAUUCUCUUCCUUACCACAGCCUUAUCUCUCUCAUUAUUAGUCAAAAGGCAUCCUCUCUAGAAUGGAAGAAUGUUAUUGGGAUACCUCCGUGUUGCUGCAGCUUCUUUUCUCUCACCAUUCAUUCAUUUGGGCUUCCGGGCAUUCUUCAUUGUUCUUUAAUGUUGAGUGUUGAUACGGCUUCGAUCUCUCAGAGCUCAUGAAUCUGUAGGAAAGAUGUCAGCUAAUUUACGGCCAUGUAUACCAGCUUCCCAUAACGUUCUGGACAAUAGCCAGUGUAGCCUGAUAAUGGUGUGGCCUCACCUCAUGGUAGGAAUAAUAGCAACAUGUCCACAUGCCCAGAGUAAAGAGGGUCACCCUGUCACAUUUGAGUAGGACGCUUGGCCUGUAUAAGUAGUGAUUAUGGGGAUCACAAUUGGUUGUGGUGUAUCACUUGCAUCUUGAGUACUCUCAAGGUAGCCUUUUUUCCCUUGUGCUCGGUGCUACAAGAUCACAUAUCAUAGAAGAAAUUGUCAAUAUUUGAACUUCAUUGGAAAUACACAUCUGCCGUCUUCUUUGUUUUUCUCGUUCAUUGCUAAUUUUAAUAUGCUCAUCCAUUCACCAGAACAGUAAUAAUCAGAAGUGCGAUAUCGGUCUCUCUACUUAUAGUCUCUCUUCAUUUUUUGUUAAAAUGUUUACUGCACACUUGGCCACUUCUCUAACUUUCUUUUGCAAUAGAGUACCCGUACAUCAUUGAACUUGAUGCAUGCUUAAGGUUCUCAAAAAUAAGACAUGAAGAGAGAGAGAGAGAGAGAGAGAGAGAGAGAGAGAGAGAGAGAGAGAGAGAGAGAGAGAGAGAGAGAGAGAGAGAGGAUUUAUCUUCUCCAUGUUUCAUAUUUAUGGUAAUGGUAUUGUCUUGCUUUGGAAGCUGAGUGGGAUUUUUCAUGUAUGCAUUCUAUGAUUUAGUCUUAUCUCCUGGAUCCUAUCCCUUAAGUGGAAUAUGGGUAAAAAUGGUUGACUUAGGUUUAUAAAACCAUUGUGUUUCUGACGUUAAAUCAUAUCGCAGCUUUUCCACUUUGAUGUUCACGAGGAUGUGCGGACAACAGCUGAUGCUACAAUAGAGAAGGACGAGGUUAGCCUUUCCUAAUCACUACUUUUGGCAACAUUCUGGAUAGUGUAUCAUGCCCAUUUUUAUUUUUUAUUUUUAGUGUUCUGCUUGGGUAUAUCUUAUUACGUCGAAUUAUCUUAAUGAGCCCACGUUUUGGUGAAAUGUUUUUGGAGUUUAUGCUGUUCGGCUGACAUAGGCUUUUGCUGUUAGACAUGUUGAUCAAUAUCACUGAUAUAAAAGAGCCACAGAAAUCCGGCAUCAGGAAAUUGAAAGAAAGAAUACUACGGAACCAAAAAAAUCUUUUCAGAAGACGUGUAACUGCGAGCAAGUGACGAAGUGAGCUAAGAACAGGGAGGUAGGAAGUGCUAAAGAGCGAGGAUUGCGAUUUCAUCGCACUUGAAACAUAUUUAGGAGGUGAUUGAUAGUGAAAGAAGAAAUGGAAAGAGGGAAUGGCAAAAACAGAUGAAAAUAACGCAUCACAGUUGGAAUAUGGAAAGAUAAAUAGCCCAAUAAAGUGUGGUGCUGAAUUACUGUUUUCUGUUUUUGACAAUUUUACUGCGCUGGUCACAUCUCUUCUUGAGCGUUCAAUCUCAAAGAAACUUUCCUCCUUUUAAUAAGGGCCCAGGUCUGCAUUUAUUGAAGAAACAGUUGUUAGUUAAGAACGCACAGAGGGUCUAGGCCUUUGACAACUAUAUUUUUUUUAAUCGCAAUGCUGUAACAUCUUUUGCCACCGAUUUUGAGAUGAACACUAUGCGGUUUAGCUCUCAUCCCGGGAAAAAAAAAUAUUUGGAUCAUUUAAAUUAUGAUGAGGUUCCAGACGUUAUGAAUACAGUCGAUAACAUUCCUUCGGCUAUGAUUGGAGAACAGAUAAACAGAUGCCUUGUACCUUAUUGAUUCAUCGAACACGGUAGAACAUACACAGUUGAUGCUUGUAUUCGUCCCGGAUUAAGCGUAGAUAACCAUCAGAUGCUACUCAUUUGCAGUCUCACGCCGGGAAGGUGGUGGAGAGGCACUGGUACGAGAAGAACAAGCACAUUUUCCCUGCCUCCAGAUGGGAGGUGCGUUCCUUCCCGCCCUCCUAUUUUCUGCCUGGAGUUCGCCGUGUUCCUACUCCGAGGGCGCCGGCCGGACCUCGUUAACCAUAUGCUUCAGACGUCACCUCUUCGGCACGCUGAUUUUCCCUCUCUUUGCCGCAGAUUUACGACCCGACCAGGAAAUGGGAGCGCUACACGAUUCACGGGGACUGA